AAUCUGACCGGCACCAAUCACCUUCUUGUAAAAUUCCCCAUUCUUCUUUGCGUCUCUCUCUCACUCUCUCUCUUCCCAAGUGGUAAUCCAAGACGAAGACAUUGCGCGCAACAAUUGACACCUAAACCUAGAAGAAAAGGAGAAAUUUUGAGGAAGAAGACACAGAGAGAGCCAUGUCCGAUUUCAUUCCUGAAGAAGUCGUGGUGGAUAUACUCUCCAGAUUACCAACAAAAUCCCUAAUCCGAUUCAGGUCUGUUUCCAAACUCUGGAACUCUCUCAUUACCAGCCCUAAUUUCAUCACUUCCCACUUCAAUCAGUCACUCGCAAACCCUAUAAACAGCUACGACAAUCUCCCUCUCGUAAUAGUCAGGCAAUGCAUUGUUGAUGACAGAUGGUCCAGAUUAGAGCACUACAAACUAUUUAUUGAUACCGGUGACGACGAUAACACAUUUGAUGAAUAUCUAGAAAUCCCAUUCCCCCUCAAGAGCUCCCGUCGUCCCUUUUACGUUUUACUGGGUUAUGUGAAAGGUUUGUUCUGUGUUUUCGAACAAGAGGAAAUUUUCCUUUGGAAUCCGUCCAUCAGAAAGUCAAUAAGCCUUCCCAAGCCUUGCAUUACAACAAAGACGCACGGUUCCAUGGCGUAUGACCUAGGGUUUGGAUAUGAUUCACGGACAAACGAUUAUAAGGUGGUUAGGGUUUUAACCCUUCGUGGAACUAAACCAUCCGAAGAGGUGGAGGUCCCUCUCGUUGAGGUUUACUCCCUUAAUGUGGGCUCGUGGAAAGUUUGUAGUGGAGCGGGCGACUCUUUUCCCCUCGAAGUUCGAAUAAGGUAUUCGCGAUGCCCGUCCGCUUGUUUAGAAGGGGCUAUCCAUUUUGCAGCAGUGCAUAGAAGCAAUUGGAGCGUUAGAUUGAUUUGUUCGUUUGAUUUGGGUGACGAGGUGUUUAGAACGAUAGCGCUGCCAAAUGUUCAUGCCAAUUCGAGAACCGAUAUCAGAACAAUAGUAUUCAGGGGAUUGCUUUCUGUUUUAUGGUACGAUGAAUCUGAUCAUGCAAACAAGUUUUGUUCUAUUUGGAUAAUGAAAGAGUAUGGUGUAGUUGAUUCUUGGUAUAAGUAUGUCAAAGUUGAUCUAACCGGACGAAUUAAACGGGUUCUAGGUGUCCGAAAGAAUGGUCAUAUAUUAUUGCAGGGAGACGAACCAUGUCAUUGGGAGCUUUCUUCCUAUGACCCAGGGAAUAAGGAAAUCAAGAAGUUGGGAAUUCUUGGGACUGUUGGACAUUUUCAUGUUGAUACCUAUGAGGAGAACAUUAUCUUACUCAAUAAAACAGAUGCUCAAGUAUCUUGAAGGGGAGGGAGCAGGAAGAGGAAGGACAGGUAGAGAUGAUGGUUAAAGAGGCUGAAAGGUUCGCGAAGGAGGCUAAGGAAAGAAGGGUGGUUAUAGACAAAAAACCAGGCAGAUUCUAUUGUUACCUAACUAAAAGCAGCUCAAGGAAUUGGGAGACAAGGUACCUGCUUCUGUCAAGUAGAAGGUGGAGGCCAAACUGAAAGAACUGAAGGAUGCUAUCUCUAGUGGUUCGACUCAAUCCGUUGUGGAGCUUGGGCAGUCUCUUUACAGCCAGUCCAGGGCUCCUGGUGCUGAACCCGCCAGUGUUCUAAAUGGCGGCCGCCGAGGCUGCCUAGGCGCUUGGAGGUAUCCUGCUGCCACGCCAAUACCCCUUGGCGUUUGAUUUGGCGCCCAGGGAGGUUUGGCGGUGUUUGGCGGCCGCCUAGGCGGCCAUGGCGGUCUCGGCGAUUUGGCGCCCAGGGAGGUUUGGCGGCCGCCUAAGCGGUCUUGGCGGCAUCAUCGACGCCUUUGGUGGCCUUUGGCGGCCUAAAAUGUAUAGUAUUAAACUAAUGUAGAUCAAGUUUUGGAAGGGUAUGGAGGAGAAGAGUUAAAGAAAGGAGAUGAACUUUUAACUUGGCAUUAGAGAUCUCCGAUCUCGUUUAUUUCUACUGAUUGUCUUAUUCAACUUAUUUGCUAGUUGCUACUACUUAAUUUCAUUUGAAUUUGUACAUUAAACUUUGCAUUAUGGUUAUGUAGAACUUUGAACUUGUAUUA